AUGGUGCGACCAACCACCUUGCGGCCUUUUCGGCCAGCACUACGUGCUCUUCAGCAGCCCAGAGCUCAGACGCCCCUGCUAGAGCAACGGCGAGCCUUUCAGCUCUCAAACCGCCGGUCUGCGGAGGAGAAACCGCAGCCGUUCAAGAACCAGCUAUAUGAGAGUACGCAGCAGCGUUUGAAGCGUGAGCGCGCGGAGCAGGAGCGAUAUGCGCAGUACCAGACCCAGUCGCAAGGCGGUCGCUAUGCAGCCAUGAUGUUCGCUCUGGUCUUCUUCUCCACCGGAGCCUAUUAUCUAGGUUCCCUCAAACCCGCGAGUCUACCGACAACCUCGACCUCAAACGUGUACGAUUUAGACUCGCCACAACAUGACAUCUCGCAGUCGAACCUGCAAGCUGCUUGGGCCGAUUUCGUGGAGAUAAUCGGCAAAGAGAAUGUUUCCACGGAGCAUGCAGACCUUGUGGCGCAUGCAGGGUCGGACUGGUCGUCCUAUACGACGAAAGAGAAUGAGAAGCCUUUUCUGGUCCUCUACCCUUCAACCACAGAGGAAGUCUCCCGCAUCAUGAAGGUGUGCCAUCAGCGUCGCAUUCCAGUGACACCAUAUUCUGGGGGAACGAGCCUAGAGGGUCAUUUCGCUCCCACAAGGGGAGGAGUGUGUGUUGAUUUCCGCCGCAUGGAUCGCAUUUUGGAGCUACACAGGGGCGAUCUGGAUGUCGUGGUGCAACCGGCGCUCGGAUGGGAGGAGUUGAACGAGCACCUUGCCGACGAGGGCCUCUUCUUCCCACCUGAUCCCGGCCCUGGUGCCAUGAUUGGUGGUAUGGUCGGCACUGGUUGCUCGGGAACAAACGCAUACAGGUACGGGACAAUGCGCGAGUGGGUUCUUUCUUUGACAGUGGUUCUCGCCGACGGCACAAUUAUCAAGACAAAACAGCGCCCACGCAAGUCAAGCGCCGGCUACGAUUUGACGCGUCUCUUCAUCGGUAGCGAAGGUACUCUCGGGCUUGUUACGGAAGCAACCUUGAAGUUGACCGUCAAGCCCAAGAGUCAGAGCGUUGCGGUCGCAAGCUUCCCCACUAUCCACAGCGCAGCUCAAUGCGUAACCCGUGUCGUGGAGGAGGGAAUUCCCGUUGCCGGCGUUGAGAUCCUAGACGACGUACAAAUGAAAUGCAUUAACGCCAGUGGAACCACUGCACGUCAAUGGCAGGAAGCGCCGACCAUCUUCUUCAAGUUCACGGGCACCCCAAACGGCGUCAAAGAGCAAAUCGGGAUGGUCCAGAAGAUCGCUUCGGCAACCAAAUCAAAAUCCUUUGAGUUUGCGCGUGGUGACGAUGAGAUGCGCUCACUUUGGAGCGCUCGCAAAGAGGCACUUUGGAGUGUUAUGGCGAUGCGACGAGGUCCUGAGGAUCAUGUAUGGACGACGGAUGUGGCUGUCCCUAUGAGCAGGUUACCUGAUAUUAUUGAAGCCACCAAGCAAGACAUGACACAAAGCGGCUUAUUGGCGGGUAUUUGCGGCCAUGUAGGAGACGGCAACUUUCAUGCAAUCAUCUUGUUCAAUGAAGCAGAGAAGAAAACCGCCGAGGGCGUCGUUCAUCGGAUGGUGAAGCGAGCCGUGGAGAUGGAAGGCACCGUAACCGGCGAACAUGGCGUUGGUCUCAUCAAGCGAGACUACCUUGAGCAUGAAGUCGGCGAGGCAGCAGUGGACACUAUGCGACGGCUGAAACUCGCCCUGGACCCGCUCCGCUUGCUCAACUGUGACAAGGUUGUCCGCGUCGAGCCACCUAAGCCUGGAGAGAUCAAGGAAUGGUAA